AAAUGUGGCAACUCCACAAAUUUUGGCAUGGUUGAUCUUUACGGGACCGAGUGAAAUAAAACCGUUUCGUAGAAUUAUUCAGAAAAUGGAGUGGAAACCAGAACAAGAAGGACUAAGACAAAUACUAACACUUCUCAAAGAGUCUCAAUCACCAGACACAGCAACUCAAAGGGCAGUUCAACAAAAAUUGGAAGAAUUGAAUAAGUAUCCAGACUUCAACAACUAUUUGAUUUUCGUUUUGACUAAACUCGUCACCGAAGAAGAACCUACAAGAUCUUUGAGUGGUUUAAUUUUGAAAAAUAAUGUCAAAGCUCACUACAACAGCUUUUUACCUGAAGUGGCUGAAUUUAUCAAGCGGGAAUGUCUAUCAGCAGUAGGGGACCCUUCUCCCUUGAUUAGGGCUACAGUGGGUAUUAUAAUUACCACUAUAGCUAGUAAAGGGGAGCUAACAUCAUGGCCCGAUCUCUUACCAGCCUUGUGUCAAAUGUUAGACUCUCAAGAUUACAAUGUUUGUGAGGGAGCAUUUGGAGCAUUACAGAAGAUAUGUGAAGAUACAGCCGAGAUCCUCGACAGUGAUGCACUCAACAGACCUCUCAAUGUGCUUAUACCCAAAUUCCUUCAAUUCUUCAGACAUUCAUCACCUAAAAUCAGAUGCCAUGCUAUUGCUUGUGUCAACUACUUCAUUACUGGUCGGACCCAGGCCCUCAUGUUGCAUAUUGAUGCCUUUAUUGAGAACUUGUUCCAUUUAGCAGCAGAUGAAGAUCCAGAUGUUAGAAAAAAUGUUUGUCAUGCUUUGGUUUUGUUACUUGAAGUUCGACUGGACAGACUCAUUCCACAUCUCGCUAAUAUCAUUGAGUACAUGCUGGUGAGAACACAGGAUCCAGAGGAAGGUGUUGCAUUACAGGCCUGUGAAUUCUGGCUCUCAUUAGUUGAGCAAAAUGUCUGUCAUGAGGUGUUGGGCCCGAGACUGCCUGCCCUUCUUCCCAUCUUGGUCCGCGGCAUGCGCUACUCAGAGAUGGCCGUGGUCUUGCUGCGAGGCGACCGCGACGACGAUGCGGAUGAUGCGGAACCCGAUCGGGAGUCCGACAUACGACCGCGGUUCCACAAGCCACGCUCACACACCGUUAAACACAAUGAUGGUGCAGCGGGCGCGGGCGACAGCAAUAUGUCGGGCGGCGGGGAGUCGGACGAUGACGACGAUGAUGGAGCAGACGCCGACGACGGCUCGCUGUCCGACUGGAACCAGCGCAAGUGCAGUGCCGCCGCGCUCGACGGACUCGCCAACGUCUUUGGAGCUGACCUCCUGCCUGUACUCUUCCCCAUACUCAAGGAAACCCUCUUCCAUGAGGAUUGGGUCAUAAAGGAGAGUGGUAUCCUGUCUUUGGGCGCGGUCGCGGACGGCUGCAUGGCGGGCAUGGUCCCGCACCUCCCGGACCUGGUCCCGUACCUCGUGUGCUGCAUGGGCGAGCGUAAGGCCCUCGUGCGAGCCAUCACCUGUUGGACACUGUCGCGGUAUUCGCACUGGAUCGUCUCGCAGUCGCACGACCUUUACCUCAGGCCUGUCAUGACCGAGCUUUUGAAAUGCGUGCUAGACAACAACAAACGUGUACAAGAGGCAGCUUGUUCAGCCUUUGCUACUCUUGAGGAAGAGGCAUGCACAGAGCUUGUACCAUACCUUGGCUUCAUAUUAGAGACUCUAGUGUACGCCUUCGGUAAAUAUCAACACAAGAACUUGCUGAUACUAUAUGAUGCUAUUGGCACACUAGCAGACUCUGUUGGACACCAUCUCAACAAACCAGAGUACAUCAACAUGUUGAUGCCACCACUUAUCAAUAAGUGGAAUGUUCUAAAGGAUGAUGAUACAGAUCUUUUCCCCUUACUAGAGUGUCUAUCAUCAGUAGCAAUCGCCUUACAGUCAGGCUUCUUGCCCUACUGUGAGCCAGUCUUUAGGAGAUGUGUAUCUUUAAUAGAACAAACACUGAAUCAAAAUAUUGCAAAUAGUCAGAGUCCAGAGCAAUUCGAAGCACCCGAUAAAGAUUUUAUGAUUGUUGCUCUGGACCUGCUAAGCGGACUCGCCGAUGGGCUGGACAAACACAUAGACCACCUUGUGUUUAACUCCAACCUGAUGCAACUUCUCUACCAAUGCAUGCAGGAUCCGAUGCCAGAGGUCCGACAGUCGUCGUUCGCGUUGCUGGGUGAUUUGACAAAGGCGUGUUUCCAACAUGUUCUGCCGUACAUACCGGAGUUCCUGCCGAUACUCGGCAUGAACCUAAACCCUGAACUCAUUUCUGUUUGUAAUAACGCUACCUGGGCUAUCGGCGAAAUAAGUAUCAAACUAGGGCCAGAAACAUCAAAGUAUAUCCCCCUUGUUUUGAAUAAUUUAGUUGAAAUCAUCAACAGGCCUAAUACACCCAAAACCCUACUUGAGAACACAGCGAUUACUAUCGGUCGGCUAGGUUAUGUGUGCCCCCACGACGUCGCACCCGUUUUACAUCAAUUUGUACGCCAGUGGUGUACAUCAUUGCGGAACAUCCGCGACAAUGACGAGAAAGACUCUGCCUUCCGAGGCAUCUGUCAGAUGAUACAAGUAAACCCAGCGGGAGUCGUACAGGACUUCAUGUUUUUCUGCGACGCUGUCGCUUCCUGGACACACCCUAAGGACGACCUGAAGGAAAUGUUCACAAAGAUCCUUCUCGGCUUCAAGAACCAAGUCGGCGAGGAGAACUGGCGCCACUUCACCGACCAGUUCCCCGUACAACUCAACGUGCGCCUGUCCGCCAUGUGCGGAAUAUAGACGUGAUUAAAGCGUCAUGGGGAACCAAUGUCAGCACGGGUCGGGACGACAUUGUGGGUGCGGCAGCCGCGCGGGCUGCGCCCCCAGCGUAGGGAACACUUCGCGCCGGCCCCGCCCGGCCGCUGCUUCUGCCGCCGCGUUAUGUGCCAACACAUUGACCUCUCUACACUAGCGAGGACAUUUACACAUUUGUAUCUAGCGACAGAUAAUAUCGUUUACAUUGUAAAUUGUUACACUUCAUUCUUCUCUUUGUUGUACCUGAAAAAUAAAUGGUUUUCGUUCGAUGAGAUUUACAUGUAGAAGCGGCGUAAUCACUUAAUAAUAACCGGACGUGCAUCGGAGAUCAGGAGGUGGAGACCGGGCCGCCGCGGCCGCACACGCACAGGGCGGUACACCGUGCACGUGAGGUGCUAGGCUUACUUAUUCUUACUUGUUGCAGCGAUGACGCACGUUGCAUGCUUGCGUGCGCAUUCGUAUAACCAUGAUAACGAGUGUACAUUCAUUGGCCCUUAUAGUUAUAGUUUUACUCACUAAAUUUUGUAACACGGUGACUUUUACCGAGUUAGUUGUGGAAUAUCUACUGUAAUUGCAUGAACCUUAGAGAUAGUUUCUAGUUUGUAACCUAAAGGAUGAGACAAGUUAUGUUUUCCGUUUGAUAACAGUUUUUAAAUUAAAAUGUAAUUAUUCUAAAAUUAUGAUUGAUUUGUAUUUUAUCAAAUUGAAAUUUGUUAAAUAUUUUUCCACUAUCUUAAAAAAAAAAAAACAAAUAUAUUACACAUCGAAUCAUUAGAGUCUCAUCACGGAAAUUAUCUAAAGAAACAAUAGUAUAAGUUACUAUUUCGUGUCUAAUUAAUUACGUGGAGUGAUAAGGUCGCUUUCACUAGUCACAGUAUCGUAGAUACCGUGCCUAGAGCUCCACGCGACAGUCAAUACAAGUGGCGAUGUCAGGGAACAGACUGGCGCCAGUCACAUCGCUCGCCUUACUGCUCGUCAUUUAAUAUAUAACUUAGGUUGACUGAUGCCAUUUACUGCUCAACACAAAUUUAGCACGUGUUUAUUUUGUAAUUCACUAACAUUAACACACCGCAUUACUGCAGUUUGUUUUAGAGGAUUUCAAGUAAGAGUCAUUUGGUCACUGAUUAUGUCAAAAAAGCAUUUAUCUACACCCACUAGAGCUUUGCAAAUAUAUUUUAGUAGGUAUUUAAAAUUGAUAUGUUAACUAUUAUUUUAUAUAAAUUACAAGACUUAGUAAAAUCGAGAAUUUAUGUCAACUGUGAUUUGUGACUGGUUUUUUUUUGACUAAUAUAUGUGUAUGAUGAAUAUAUGUCUGUGUCAGUGUAGAUAAUAUUAUAUGAUAUACUGCUUUGAUAGAUUUUAUGACGGCUAGAUUUCUGCUAUAUAAUAUACCAAAUAGUAUUUUUACGUUGUAUAUUGUUUAAUGGAACUGUAUGUUGGGUUGGCCGUGCGGGCGGACGCUUGCGGGCCGACGCACGACGCCUACUCGGUGCCGUAGCCCACUUAUGAAAACCUCCGAGGUUUACAAGGUCCCCACUCGUGUUCGUUGUGCCGCGACCGACGCUCGCACUGGCCAACUUGUAUGAUUGAUAUAAAGUACUAUUUACGUGUAUAUUUAAUUAAAUAAUAUUAUGUAUAUGUAAAUACAUAUUGCGAUGUAUAUUAUUAUAUUCAAGUAAAUUGUUAUUUUUUUGUUUUAUAAAAGCUAAAAGUCUGACUUUAAACACUUGUUAUUAUAUAUCAUUUAGUUUUCAGAUACGGGGAUCUGAAAUUAUAUAGUUCAAGUGAACGUUAGUAUAUUUACAAAUUUCAACCGUAGUUUAGGGUACAGUGUCAAUCUAAUACGGUAUUUCGGGGAUAUAAGGAAAUUUGAAACAUUCCGUGGCUUGUAAAUUUAAUCUUUUGGCUCAGUCACAUCUCAAAUUUCAUUUUAGAGAGUCUAUACGUAUAUAUUUAUAUAUUAUUUGUUGCGUCUCACAAAAUUUUGUACGAUUUAGAUGGUCGCGAUUUUGUCGUUUAGGUAAAAUCCCCGAUCCUGAGCCCCAGUGAGUUCCUAUCCCCAGUCCUUUCUAGUCCCAUCCCGUGUCGUGUGCCAACGAAGCCCGGUCGACUCGCGGACGGAUGAGGCGCGCGCGACGGCCGCGUCCUAUCCGAGGUAGCUAUUUCACACUUCGGUACCCGUAGAAACAUUAAAUUACUGUAGCUACCUUUCGGCUAAAUUUGAGACACAUUGUUUAUUUUUUAAGUAGAACCCAUUUUAUAUCGAUGUUACGGGUGGCCUCGUAAUUUAUUUUUAAGGUUAGUAGAUUUUAUCGUCAUGAUUUUUUUUAAUGUAGAUGUUUGUUUUUCCUAAAAAAACCGUGAUAAUAGUUGGAUAAGUGAUCGCAUGCGUGUAUGUGUGAGUGAGGCGGCAUUCGUAAGGCACUCCCUUCCUUGAAGCAUAGUUAGUAUUUUAUGAAAAA